AUGGGUGGUCUAGUUAGUAACAUCAUUCUGAUCGGAGUAUCUGUUUUGCACUAUGUAAUUCUAUCCCCCAGUGCUCUCUCUGACCAUCAACAACACCAGAUCAAAGGAGUUAAUCACCAAUAUGCAAGAUCAAACUUCUCAGAUCCAUUUAAGAUCGUGUUUCCUGCCAGUAUGAGAACAAAUACAGAAGAUAGUGUCACGCGACAGUUAAAUAGUCCCGCUAUUUACCUAUUUCAGGAAGUUGAAGAAUUCUUAAAUUCAAAUCCAUCUGAAAUAGUCACACUCAUCUUGGAAGACCAAGUUGAGACUCCCAAUGGACUUGCAAAAAUUUUCAAUGUUACUGGGUUGGCAAAAUACAUGUUGCCAUUAUCGAAAAUGCCUCGAUACGGCGGGGAUUGGCCGCGAGUCAAAGACAUGGUUGCUGCUAAUCAGAGGCUUGUAGUCUUCUCUUCAUCCAAAGCCAAGGAAGAAAGUGAAGGAAUUGCUUAUCAAGGGAACUUCGUGGUCGAAUAUAAGUAUGGAAGGCGGGGAAAGGAUACGUGGAACUGUACUAAACGCGAUGAUGAUUUAUCGCCACUAGAAGAGAAAAGAAAAUCUUUAGUGCUACUCAACUAUCAUUCGACACCAAUCUUCGCGAGGUACUAUAACGAGAUGAACUCCAAAGACCUCAUGAACGCGACUCACAAGUGUUACACAACCGCUUCUAAUAACUGGGCAAAUUUCAUCGCGGUUGAUUAUGGCAAGGGAAUAGAUGUACGACCGGCAUUUCAAGCUGUUGACUUCCUCAAUGGAAAGCUACUAUGUGGAUGUGAUGAUGUGAAUUCAUGCAGAGGUGGUUCUUGGUGCCCUUCGGAGGUGGAAUUUGGUAUCAUGGCCAAGGUUUUCAAAAUAGGAUACGUAUCGGGUAUUAUUUUUUUCAUUUUGUGUGUCGUAUUAGGAUAUGUUAUUCCACGUAUCGUAAGAUACAUUAAGAAGAGUAGAUAUAAAUUGAAAAGAUAGUUCUUCAUUUCUUCCAAAUGUAAGAUACACAAAACGCCGGAUAUAUAGAAUAAAACCUUUGAUUCAA